AUGUCGGAAAAGAAUAGUUGUUCACCGGGACUGGUGAUUCCACUAUGGGAACCAGCAGACAAUCUAAGCCUAUCGGAUGUUAUAUUUCGUGGUUUGGUCUACUUUUUCAUUCUAAUGUAUCUCUUCAUAGGAGUGUCAAUUGUAAGUGACAGAUUUAUGGCAGCGAUUGAAGUGAUAACAUCGCAGGAAAAAGAAUUAGUGGUAAGACGUCAGGGACGUGAACCACAAAUUAUAAUUGUUAGGGUAUGGAAUGAGACGGUGGCAAAUUUAACAUUAAUGGCACUUGGUAGUAGUGCACCAGAAAUUCUUCUCUCAAUUAUUGAAAUUUAUGCAAAAGAUUUUGAAUCCGGUGAUUUAGGUCCGGGUACAAUUGUUGGAUCAGCGGCAUAUAAUCUUUUUGUGAUUAUAGCAUUGUGUGUAUUUGUAAUACCAUCGAAUGAAACACGUAAAAUUAAACAUUUACGUGUAUUUUUUGUCACAGCAACAUGGAGUAUAUUUGCCUAUGUUUGGUUAUAUUUGAUUCUUGCUGUAUUUAGUCCAGGUGUACUUGAAGUUUGGGAGGGAAUAUUAACAUUUGCCUUCUUUCCGGCGACGGUACUAACUGCCUAUAUUGCCGAUAGAAGGCUUCUUAUCUAUAAAUAUCUUCACAAGGGUUAUCGUAUGAAUAAACGUGGUGUUAUCGUUGAAGUUGAAGCUGGCGAUUCAGAUGCAGCAGUUGAGCUUGAAAUUAAAGCACAACAUGAUGGUAUCAAUGGAAUGGUUGAUAGAUUUGGUGAUGUUGAUACAUUGGAGGCUAAGGAAUUUGAACAAACACGAAAGGAUUAUAUUCAAACAUUAAGGGAAUUGAGAAAGAAAAAUCCACAAUUAAGUUUGGAACAUUUGGAAGUAAUGGCACAUGAAGAGGUAUUGGGUAAGGGUCCAAAGAGUAGGGCAUUUUAUCGUGUACAAGCAACAAGAAAAAUGGUUGGCGCUGGUAGUUUGAGUAGAAAAAUAAGUGAAAGAGCUCAAAGUGAUUUGAGUGAGGUUAAAGCCGAAUUACAAAGAGCUGAAGCAGAAAGUGUUGAUAUUGAAGCUGUUAAUUGUCAAAGAGUAUUUUUUGAACCUGGUCACUAUACAGUUAUGGAAAAUGUUGGAACAUUUGAUGUGGGUGUUAGUCGAUUGGGUGGUGAUCUUGAUAAAACAUGCACUGUUGAUUAUUACACUGAGGAUGGAUCGGCGGAAGCUGGUUCCGAUUAUGUCAGUGCUAAAGGAACACUUAUGUUUGAACCUGGCGAAACGAGAAAAACUAUUAAUUUAUCAGUUAUUGAUGAUGAUGUCUUCGAGGAGGAUGAACAUUUUUAUGUCAGAUUAACAAAUGUCUCGCAACCGGCAAUGCUUGUGUCGCCAAGUCUCGCGACAGUUAUGAUUCUUGAUGACGAUCAUAGUGGAAUAUUUGGAUUUCCUGAAAGAGAUGUGGAAUUAGUUGAAAGCGUUGGACAAUACAAUUUGCGUGUAGUGCGAUAUAGCGGUGCAAGAGGACGUGUCGUUAUUCCUUAUCGAACAGUUGAGGGUACUGCCAAACCUGGCAAACAAUACGAACAUCUUGAAGGCACACUCACAUUCGAGGAUAAUCAAACAGAGAAAAUUAUAUCGUUGACAAUUAUUGAAGAGGAUUCGUACGAGAAGGACGCUCUUUUAUAUGUUGAACUUGAAUCACCCAUGCUGCAAGGAGCUGAAGCAGGAUUGGCUGCAGCAGCGGAAAUGAAAUCACCGGAAGAGAGGACGGAAGAAGAAAAGAUGGCGUUAAGAGGGAGACCGCAAUUGGGUGAUAUAUAUCGUGCGCAAAUUCGAAUCAAGGAAUCCAAAGAAUUUAAAAAUACAGUCGACAAACUCGUCCAAAGAGCAAAUGCGUCAAUUAUAUUAGGCACGAGUUCGUGGAGAGAGCAAUUUACGGAAGCACUGACAGUGAGUGGAGGCGACGACAAUGGCGAAGGUGGUGAAGGUACUUCGACACCAUCAACCGCUGACUACCUCAUGCACUCACUCACUAUCUUCUGGAAAGUUCUAUUCGCAUUUGUUCCACCUACCGAUAUCGCUGGUGGUUAUCUCUGUUUUUUUGUCAGCAUAAUUGGCAUCGGAAUAGUAACAGCAAUUAUUGGGGACAUAGCAUCUUAUUUUGGAUGCACCUUGGGUAUUAAAGAUUCAGUCACUGCCAUUGUAUUUGUGGCACUUGGUACCAGUAUUCCUGACACGUUUGCGAGCAAAGCGGCUGCUUGCCAGGACAAGUAUGCGGACGCAAGUGUCGGCAACGUGACCGGAAGUAACGCUGUGAACGUCUUCCUGGGAAUUGGCGUCGCAUGGAGCAUAGCUGCUAUUUACCAUGCCUAUCACGGAAAACAAUUCCAGGUCAAAACCGGAAAUUUGGCCUUUUCUGUGACAUUAUUCUGUACGGAAGCCUGUCUAGUGAUAGUGGUUCUAAUGUUGAGAAGAACGAAAGCCAUCGGUGGUGAAUUGGGUGGACCAAUGUUACCGAAAAUUAUCACUUCCAUGUUUUUGUUUUCCUUAUGGCUAUUCUACCUCGUGAUGUCUACACUCGAGGCCUAUGGAGUAAUCAAGGGCUUCUGAAAUGCCGCAAUUUUUAUUUUUAAUUUCCAAUUAAAUAAUAAUAAUUAUAAUAAUAAUUAUAUAAAUAAUAAUAAUAAUCUUAUGGCCUAUCACCACCGAUGUCAACAAACGCAUAAAAUUUAUUCUUUGUGCUCAAUAAAUUAUCCUCUCCAAGACAGAAUGGUGCAUGGAAUUGACAAGAGUGAAAAUAAUCAUCAGUUACAGCAUCUGCGAAUCAUCGAAUUUAUUUAAACAAAACAAAAAAAAAAAAAAAGAGAGAGAGUGAAAAAAAAACGAUAAAGUGUGACUUUCAGCGGCGAUCUUAGGAUUUCAAUUUAAAUAAAAAAAUAAAAAUAAACCGAAACUUCAAGACGAAAAUUUUACAAAUUUUUAAGUAAUAAAUUUUCGUCUUAAAGUUAUUAUAAAUGAAAGAAAUCUUUAUUAGAAAAUAAAUUAUACGAGUUUAAGUAAAGCAAAAAGAAAAAAAGGAAAAAAAAAAGUGGGAAUAUUAAAAAAAGUAUUAGACGAUAAUAGUUAUUUUUUGCACAUUCAGUUUAGGUAUAUAAAAUGAAAUACAUUUGACAGCGUCGUCAAGUUUCGUUUAAAAAACGAAUUUAGAUAAUAAGUUUUCAUGAAUCGUGAAAAGAAUAGUGUGUAAUAAUUAAUAAUUUUUAUGUUAAUUAGAAAAAAAAAAAAACUGAAUGGAAUUUAUGGGGAGAAUUUUUUUUUUCUUUUUUUUUUGAAGGGGGGGUUAAUUUAAUCUUCCUCGAAACGACCAUUGAUCGAAAGUAUUAACAUUUUUCACUAUCACUGCCUUCGAUCAUUGGACGAUUGCCUGAAAUAAUAUUUUUUUUUCUUUUUAAUAUUUGAAUUUAUAAUUUAAAUUUACAAUCUUUUUUUUAAUAUUGUUCUAGUUAAUAGUAAAUAAUUAUUAAAUUUCCAAAAAAAAAAAACCCAUAGAAAAAAAUAAAGGCCGAAUUGCAAGACUCUGGCUAAUUUUUAUUAACGAGGGUUUAAUAUACAAAAAUAUAAUUUAAUUAAAACAAUUUAUAAAAAAAAAUACGUAAUUAGCGAAUACUCAUUACUGAAUUUACGAAGCUUUAUAUAAAGAUCGUUUUUUUUUUUAAAUUGUAAACUAAUUAUUUAAAUAUUUAUUUUAAUUUAUUGUUAUUGUUAUUAUUUAUCAUGUAAUAUAUUAAUUAUUCUAUUAAAUAAUCAAAUUUAUUUUUUAACUAUU